AUGUCCUCUCUAUUACUUCCCAUUCACUCCUGCCACUUCCUUUUCACUGAUAUUAGUGAUAUUACCAAGUUCCUUAAUUCAAGUGACCUCCCAUCUUCCCCCGACUACAAGAUGACCUCUUCUUCUAUCCCACCUGACUCCCCUGCCCAUCUCAUCUUCGAAAGCAUCUUGAGAGAACUUGAUGCUGUCUCUGGGUUCAAAGAACUGAUCUACGAGGAUAUUGCAGGUCAGAAUUGGCUCUUGCUCUCUGAAUCUCUUGCAAGUCACCCCGAAGUUGAAAGACGCCGUCCAAGAAUAAACUACAACGCCGAAACUCGCGUCCUGCGUAUUAAGAUAAUGCCGACAGAAUUACACGACGUGCAUCAGCGAUGGGUCAACAAUGUCAUCUGUGACUGGAGGGCCGCCGGCUUGAUAACCCUGCAAGAGAACAGACUGAUUUGCAUGGGUGUUGGGACAAGUGCAUUCUCUCUGCGACUCAUUUUUGACAAAAAAUCGGAUCUGGAUGAGUCAUCUGGAAAGCGGGUAAAAGGGACUGCUGAAAUUUGGACACGCGAUGCUGCCGGAAACAUUCAAAGCAGAGAAAUGCAAAUCUUUCCAUCCUCAAACACGCCCGGAGAUGAAGAUAUCGAGCUUACGAAGGGACAGUUAUUCGGACAGUCGAUCUUGCCGUUUCAAAACGCCGCCGACAUUCUACCUCUGGACGUGGGCCCGCUGCGCGAUUUCGCCACUGAAGUCUCCAUCAAACGUAUGGAUCUGCAGCCAAUAUAG